UCCACUUUAUUUACAGGCUGCCUAUAAAAUUACACCACAUCUACGCUAGAGACGAGGAACUGAAUGACGUGGAGAUUUGCACUACGUUUACCAGAGUCCCUUGCGCCGUGGGCGUGUCGCUCAGAUUUGCACGAAGUGCCCGGAUGUCGGGGUUCGGACAACGGGAGGCUGGAUUUAUGUCACAAUAACGCAGUUAUAAGAGUUUGUUUUAUUCAUUUAAACCCGACCAGUAGUGCGUGUUCGCCGCCUCUGCGCAGCUAAUACCACGCACGCUGCUCGUCGGCACCUCGCGCGGGCUGUUUGGCUGCGUUUCAUAACUUGUUUCUCAGUUUGAAAAUGCGAGCAUCCCUCCGUUAGCUUAGCUUUAGCUUAGCGUUAGCCGGAGCUGCUAUGAGCACACACAGCUGGCCGCUGCGCCGCGCCGACCUGUGACCCCGCCCCUCCCCCUCAGCAUGCAGACGGUGAAGUGUGUGGUGGUGGGUGACGGUGCGGUGGGCAAGACCUGCCUGCUGAUUUCCUACACCACCAAUGCGUUCCCUGAGGAGUACAUCCCCACCGUCUUCGACAACUACAGCACGCAGACGUGUGUGGACGGCCGAGCGGUCAGUCUGAACCUGUGGGACACAGCCGGGCAGGAGGAGUAUGACCGGCUGCGGACUCUCUCGUACCCGCAGACGCACGUCUUCAUCAUCUGCUUCUCCGUCGCCAGCCCCUCGUCCCACGCCAACGUCCGGCACAAGUGGCACCCGGAGGUCAGUCACCACUGCCCGGGUGUGCCUGUUCUGCUGGUGGGCACCAAGCGCGACCUGCGGUCGGACCGGGAGACGCUGGAGCGGCUGAGGGAGCAAGGCCUGACCCCCACCACCGCGCAGCAGGGCACCGCGCUCGCCCGCUCCAUCGGCGCUGUGCGUUACCUGGAGUGCUCGGCACUGAUGCAGGAGGGCGUGCGGGAGGUGUUUAACGAGGCCGUCAGGGCCGUGCUGUACCCCAACGCCAAGAAACAGGCCAAGAAGUGUGUUCUCUUAUAACCACCACAGAGUGUGUGUGUGUGUGUGUGUGUGUGUGUGUGUGUGUGUGUGUGUGUGUGUGUGUGUGUCUAGGGAUGGCCAGAAAUGUAACAUGCAAUUAUGCAAACGCUUCAAGCUACACAAGCUAUAAUUUCAGCUGAACUUUCAUAACUAGGGCUGCAAUUGAUUUUGUCUUUUGAACAGCUAUUUUAUUUAUGUGUAUGUAUAUAAAUAUGAAUUAGUACAACAAGUUAUAAACAAUAUAAACAAAAUAUGACCUGUCACCCACGCCAAAACAAAACUCGACAAAAAAAAUGAAAUUGUCUUAGUAAGGGCUUCCACGAAUUCUUAUCUCUAGGGAUUAGGGGUGGCAGUAUUACAAUAUUUUAUUGUUAUUGUGAUGAAUAUUAUGUCAUCUUCUUGAAGUUUGUGUGUUUAUGUUCAGUACUAGGCCUGGGUGGUAUUUAAAAAUAGUAACCAUGGUAUUUUCUCAUUGGAAAAUCUGAGCUCGUGGCGACUUGCGUACUAAUAGCACUCCUUGCUGGAAAAACUUUCAAAAGCCAUGCGUAUGUGCUGUAUAUAUUAAACAAAUAAAUCGGUUGUUAUAGCAGAGGCACUCUGGGAUCCAGUUAUAGAUGCUUUUGGAAAACCAUUGUAUUGGGCACACGCCUGCUGUUUAAUUGUAGAUUAGUCCUCUCUAGUUCUCUGUCAGUUUUUCAACAUUACAGUUAUUAUCAACAUUAAUAUCAGGUGAAUCAGUCAUUGAUAUUACAUCGCCCUAACGACUAGUCCUAGUUAGCACUUAAAGAACACUGACCAAUCGCAUGUUUUAUUACAAAGAGAGCAUAAUUAGCCCUGUUUAAAUUAGUGUUUAACCUUCCCAGCCCCAGUGUGCGUGCACAAAAAUAUUGGACUUUGAAAAGAGCCAAAAAUUUUUGUUUCAGCCCAGUUUGUCUUAAAUUUCAGUAACCUGAUUGUAUAGGUAAUUAUUGGCUAUCAUUUGACUAAUAUGCUAUUUUGUCUAUUUUAAUUCCACUCUCUUUGGUUCUGCCACCAUUCAAAGUUAAAUCAAACAGUUUCUUCUUUUAUUUUAUAGCAAAACAGCAGCCAUAUUGCCCCCUACGCUUCCUGUAGUGUAUUACAGUCUGUCAGAGCGACUGUGUGGAUCAUAUGAACAUUAUAGAGCUUUUUAAAUGAA